CUCCGCUUCCCUACAUCCCCCAUUUUUUCCAUCAUCAUCGCCCGCAUCAUCAUCGUCAUCACCAUCACCAUCCAGACUUUUUUUUUUUUUUCCUUUUUAUCCCCUAAUCACGAUCACCAUAGCCAUCAUCAUCAUUGUCACCAUCUCGUUUUCAUCCUCUUGGCACCUUUAGCAGCAACUUCGUCAUCCACAUCGUUCCACUGCCGGAGAUCUAUCUUCUUCACCUCGCAGUGGCCGCGGAUCAUCUUCCACGUCUUACAGCAGCGGGGCAGCCUCUGGGUCUCUCCUUUCUUCUCUCAAUCGCCGGCCUUUUCAGUUUUCCAUCAACUCUGCUGCACCGUGUCUUGUUGGUAUAGAUCUGAGACAGAGGAGUUUUUGGGGCAGCGGUGAGGGAAUGAUCUGGGCCUGAUUCCGUGGGUGGAAUUCCUCAUAUCGGACUCCGAUUCGCUACCCAGAAACUCUGCCAUUUUCUUGAUAUCUCCUGGAAUUGUUGCUAUUGUUGGUAUUGUUAAUUUAAAAUUGCCAAAAAGUCGUUAGCUUUCAAGUUCAUUACCCAGAGAUCUCGGAGAUGGCUGAGAGCAGGAAGUCAAGCUCAGUUCUGAGUUCAUACCCAAAAUUGCUGAUGGAAGCGUGGCAGAAAUGGGAUGUGAGGGGACUGGUUCUUUUUAGUCUUACCUUACAAAUCGUCCUCUCUGUCUUAGGUGGACGUAGGAAAUACAAAAUUCAUCCAUUCUUCAAAACCGUUCUAUGGUUUGCCUACUUAGGUGCUGACUGGAUUGCCAUUGCUACUUUGGGCAAGCUUUCCGGUUCCUAUACAGAAUCUCCCGACAUCAAUGUCUUAAGAGCAUACUGGGCUCCUUUACUCUUGCUACAUCUUGGUGGCCCUGACACCAUCACAGCUUAUUCCUUUGAAGACAACAAGCUUUGGAUUAGGCACCUCCUCAUCCUUGUUGUCAAAGCCAUUUUUGUCGUUUAUGUCAUUUGUUUGUCGUGGACCUUUUCUUGGAUCUCGCUUUUAAGUUUCCCUCUGAUCUUAGCUGGGAUUAUUAAAUAUGUAGAGAAGAUAUUGUGUCUCAAGCAAAAUAAUUCACAGAAAACAAAACCAGUCAUUUCUAAUAUCUUUAAUUCUCAAGGUCCUCAAACCAAUAACUCUUCAGCCCUUAAUGACCAUCUAAAAGCAAACCAAAAUGUGUUGGGUGGUUAUCUAUUGUUUAUAAUUAUGAGACCAGAUGUCAAUGAUUACCUCUCAUCCCAUAAUGUUUUCGAUGUUAGAAAAAGGCUAAAAGCUUAUAUCAAAGAAACUACAGGUCUAGACCGCACUCGUGCAAUCAAUUUGUGCGAUUUCUUCAUCCCAGGCGAACGUAAAAAAUCGAUUAGUGCUGUCGACUUUCUUGCUGCUGAAAUCGGAUUUAUAUUUGAUGUUGUUUACACCAAAGCUGCUUUAAUUUACACCAAGUUAGGAUGCUUAUUGCGCUUCACCAGCUUUGCUAGCUCCCUCUCAGUUCUACUACUCUUCUUUAUCAACAUAAUUAAUGAGCCAAAAUUCCAUUUCUCCAGAAUUGAUAUUGGCAUAACUGGCAUCUUAUUGAGUGGAGCUAUUGCACUGGACCUUUAUGCAGCAUGUGUAAUGCUUUCUUCUGAUUGGGCAAUUCUUGUUGUGCAAUUUCAUGAUAUUGUGUUCGUACGCAAAAUAUUUAAGGUCGCCUUAAAGUGCUUCCCUUGCUUAUUGCGGCGAAGCGAAAGGUGGUCAAAUCAGAUGGGUCAAUUUGAUCUAUUGGAAUAUUGUUGGCGUUACAAUAAAAGGAAGGUGAACCAACCAUGGGGCAUUCUACUGAAGAUCACUAAUGGCCGUGAAAUUGUUGAAAUGUGGCACAAGUACUGGUUCACCAAAUUUGUGGAAGUUCCAGAUUAUUUGAAAGAGGGUGACAAUUACAAGGACCUUUAUAACUCAUUCUUUAGGAAGGAAGGAUUCAAGAUAACAAGAGGAGAAAAGGCAAUACAACAUGCGCAACAAUUUGAUGAAUUAAAAUGGAGCAUUGAAUUGGACUAUGAUCACAGCAUCAUAGUAUGGCAUCUUGCCACAAGUGUUUGCUGCUCGCAAGAGGAUCAUGAUGAUGAUGAUGAUAUGAAGAAAACCAGUAAAUACGUAUCAGAUUACAUGAUGUAUCUACUAGCUAUGUGUCCUGCCCUGAUAUUGCCCGAGCACAGCAAGAGUUUUUGGCUUGAUCAUACUUAUGACAAGCUAAAAGGACUUGAGUUACCUACAACUAAUUCAAGAAAUGCUGCUUCCGUAUUACUUUCUCAUCAAGAUAAUGUUCCCAAAGAGGACAUUGAAUCCAGUGAGCCCAGAGAGGAGCUGGAAUCUGGUUGCAGUGAGAGAACAUUUGAAAACAUACAGGAAGAAGUGCUCCAAUUAGUCAGAGUUUUGAAGCAAUCAAGAAAUAAAUGGGAGCUGAUUAGGAAUGUCUGGAUGGAGAUGCUUUGUUAUGCAGCAUUUUCAAGUCAGCACAUUAGUCACCUUAAGCAGCUAGGAGAAGGCAUUGAAUUCCUCUCAAUCCUCUGGCUUCUCCCAAGUUAUGGUGUGAUGCGUGAUUUCUUGGAAGACAACUAAUGUGAUCAACAUCUGGGGGCUUGGUGGCCUUACAUCUCACGUCAGUAUCCCUUUCUUAUUGGGAAAUCAAUUUGGAUGCAUUUUUCACCUUUCUUUUUUCUAAUUUGUACUUUUAAUUUUUGUAACGUAUUUGUCUGUUGAAGCAAAGAAUAGGAAUAUGUAACAAUGAUUUUAACUUUUUAGUGUUAAGUUUGGAAUAAUUUAAAGUACUCCUA